UGAGGAGAGAGAAUCUCACAAAAAGUCUCUGUGGAAGAGCUUUUUGAAUUCUCUCUUUCUCUAAUCACAUCCCAUGGCGCAGGAGCUCCUUCAUGCGUCAUCACAUUUCCUAUCUUCAGUUUUCUUUGUUGAGCAUGCUUGCAUCAUAUGCUGAAUCCCCCUAGGCUCAACAUUAUUCAAGGUAAGGUGGUGUGAAGGAAGGCAAUCUUCCUCUGCAUCAUGGGAAACUGCUGUGUGACCCCUUUCAAACACUCUGGAGAGAAGAAGAAGAAGAAGAAGAACAAGAACAACAAACAUAACAAGCUGAAUCCAUUUUCCGUAAAUCAUGCAACCCGUAAAAAGCUCGUCGUGUUGAAGGAUCCUGGUGGCCAUAACAUCAAGGAGAGAUACAAGCUUGGGCGUGAGCUCGGCCAGGGCGAAUUCGGCAUUACUUAUCUGUGUACGGAUGUGGUGAGCGGGGAGAGAUACGCGUGCAAGUCAAUAUCAAAGAAGAAGCUGAGGACUGAAGUCGAUAUUGAAGACGUGAGGAGGGAGGUCGAGAUUAUGAAGCAUAUGCCUAAGCACCCAAAUGUUGUGAGCUUGAAGGAUACUUAUGAAGAUGAUAGCGCGGUGCAUAUUGUGAUGGAACUAUGUGAAGGUGGCGAACUGUUUGACAGGAUUGUAGCUCGGGGGCAUUAUACAGAGAAGGCAGCAGCCGUUGUCAUGAAGACCGUCAUUGAAGUUAUUCAGGCGUGCCACCGACAAGGAGUCAUGCAUCGUGAUCUCAAACCAGAAAACUUCCUUUUCGCAAAUAAGAAUGAAACAUCUCCCAUAAAAGCAAUCGACUUUGGGCUGUCGGUUUUCUUCAAACCUGGUGAACGUUUCAACGAAAUUGUUGGGAGCCCGUACUACAUGGCUCCUGAGGUUCUAAAACGCAACUAUGGACCAGAAAUCGACAUUUGGAGUGCUGGUGUCAUCCUUUAUAUUCUGCUUUGCGGUGUUCCUCCAUUUUGGGCAGAGUCCGAGCAAGGAGUGGCUCAAGCAAUCAUUCGAUCUGCUGUUGAGUUUAAGCGAGAACCUUGGCCUAGAGUUUCGAAUAGUGCCAAAGAGCUUGUAAAGAAAAUGCUCAACCCUGAUCCUAUUCAACGCCUUACUGCUCAACAAGUCCUUGAUCAUCCUUGGAUGCAACAUACGAAGAAGGCACCAGAUGCCUCCGUUGGCGAAACUGUGAAAGCAAGGCCAAAACAGUUCUCUGUGAUGAAUAAGCUCAAGAAAAGGGCUCUAAAGGUUGUGGCAGAGAACUUGUCCAUGGAGGAAGAGUCUGGGAUGAAGGAAGCAUUUGAUAUGAUGGACUCGAGGAAAAUGGGCAAAAUUAACGUCGAGGAGCUCAGAAUUGGUUUGCACAAACUUGGCCAUCAGAUCUCGGACGUUGAUGUUCAUAUUCUAAUGGAAGCUGCUGAUGUCGAUGGAGAUGGAACGUUGAAUUAUGGCGACUUUGUUGCUGUCACUGUGCAUAUGAGAAAGAUGGUCAACGAUGAACAUAUUCACAAAGCUUUUUCCCAUUUCGACCGUAACGAGAGUGGAUAUAUUGAGAUUGAAGAGCUCCGGGAAGCUCUGUGCGAUAACAACGAUGCCAACAAGAAGGAGGUCAUCACUUCUAUAAUGCAUGAUGUUGAUACAAAUAAGGACGGCCGGAUAAGUUAUGAAGAAUUUGCUACGAUGAUGAAGGCUGGUACAGAUUGGAGAAAAACAUCUUGUCGUGAGAGGUUGAACUGUCUUAGCGUGAAGUUGAGAGAAGGCUCGCUACAGUUAGCUAACGAGGGUAGAUAAACGACUACACAGACGUCCCCGCCCCCCCAAUUUUUUGGCUGAGUGUUACAUUAUCGGUUUCUUUCUUCACAAAAUUUUUUCCAUGUUUCUCUAUUGUUGUUAUUGUUAUAAGCUAGGGGUUCAUUAGCAUCAGGAUGAGGCACGCAAUGUUUUCUUCAAUUCUAUACAUGUGUAUACUGUUUUCAUUUUUUUGGUAAAUAAGAUCUGGUUUUGGUGUUUUUAGUA